AUGGCCUUAUCUUCGCCACCAACACCUUCUUCUUCUUCUACCCCUCCACCGCGGCCUCCAGCAUCUAUUUGGCUGCCCAACCGCUUCAUGGUCAAAGAAGAAGCCUCAAAGAGAGAAGAAAUUCGAUGCAUGGAUGAUCAGGCUAAAAAGGGUAUUCAUAAAGCAUAUGGCAAAGAAUCGUUGACAAUGGAAGCGACAGAGUUUUUGCGAAGUUGUAAUAGUGAAAUUAGGCUGUCGGCCAUGUCAAGAAAAAGGCCUGCGCAGCUGGUUAUACCGGAUUAUUCGGGGGAAUUGGAUUUUGGCGAUAGAGGGAAAAAGCUGGACAACAAAGAAUUUGAAGUUAAGGGAAGAGACUUUUUUGUGGCUAGCAAGAAGGGAUCAAGAGAGGUCAUGGAAGAUAGGCAUGCAGUCAUGCUUGAUAUUGCAGGUGACCCUACACAAGCAUUUUUUGCUGUAAUUGAUGGGCAUGGAGGGCAUGCUGCGGCUGAUUAUGUAGCUGAAAAUCUAGGAAAGAACGUAGCAUAUGAAUUACAAGUUGUUGGAAAUGAGGUAGAAGCGGCGUUACGCAGAGCAUACUCAGCCACGGACGAACAGUUCCUUUCUAAGGGUGAAAAUGGAGGAGCGUGUGCAGUUGGUGUACUAUUGAAGAAUGGAGAAUUGUAUACAGCAAACGUAGGUGAUUGUAAAGCAGUUUUGAGCAGGAAAGGAAAUGCCGUUACAUUGACAAACGAUCACCGUCUUAUAACUCGGGAAGACGAGUGUGCCCGUAUCGAAAAUUCGGGUGGUUUUUUGUACUUUCAUAAUGGAGUAUGUAGAGUGAAUGGAUCAAUUGCUGUUUCUAGAGCUUUUGGAGACAUUCAUUUGAAAGAUUGGAUUAUUUCUGAGCCAGAGAUUGUGAAGUUCCCUUUAACAUCAGAUUGUGACUUUCUCAUUUUGGCUUCUGAUGGAUUAUGGGAUAAGAUAAGUUCACAAGAGGCAGUUGAUGUUGUUUUAAGGGAGGGGAAUCAAAUGGAGUCUUGCAGGAAGCUUGUCGAUAUAUCAUCGGGACGAGGAAAUAACGAUGACAUAACCAUACUGAUGAUUAACCUUAAUAGUUUCAAGAUAAAUGUUGCUUAA